CUUGAAGAACAUUCUGGAAGACUCCAGAAAGAACGCAUGCGCAAGUUUAUAAAAUCAUGUUUCAUAGAAAGCCGCGCCGCAUUUCUCUUACAGAACCACAUAAAAUCCGAGCUUGUCCGCACAUCCGCAUGCUUCCAAGAGAAUUUUAUCAGUUUUUGGUUUUUAUUUGAAAGUUUUCAUUGCAAUUUUCAAAGCUCGAAAAACCCAAAAUAGCUCGGACGUCUGUACGUGCGCGCGCAGGCACACGGCCCUGGAACUGCAGACGACAAUUGCUAGUCUUUCCAGAAAUAUACGGAGAAAACAAGCGCAGUCUGCGCAGUUGUCACCUAAGGUGGAUUCGCGUUAUGAUGAGUCGAGUCCGUUGACGGCAAGCGAGUACGAGCUUUUUUUUCUUAUCGAACGACUACUUCAACGAUUACGAUUAGCGAGUCCAAGAUGCCUGAAUCAACGACGAUGGCUGCGACUGCGAGUACGGAGUUUGGCCCAAAGAAGACCAUGGUGAUUCUUGCUAUUGUGGCCGGUUGUUUCGCUAUCCUCUUGCCCAAGAUCUUCUAUCCAAUGCUCACUGCAUCGUUAACUCCUUCUAUACAUCAUGCUGAUGGCUCCGUCACAUGUUUGCUAGGCUGCUGCGAUGUAAUAUUUGAGAGCGAUAUCACCGCAGUUGACAUAAUGCAAGAGCUAUGCCUCAACAUCAUCAGGCAUCAUCAAGUCGAUCCUAGAAUAAGGGAUGCACUGGGGGCCAACAAAUUUAACAAGUUGACACUGUCCAGUGUAAGCUUGUGCAGAGAUGAAGUGCUUGCAAAGUGUGGUAUCGAUCUGUCCUCUUUUUUGGCAGAAAAAGAGAGGCUGAAGAAAUCAUACAAGCAGGUUCUCGAAGAAAUUAGGAGCUUUAAUGGAUCUCUUUGUCUGAAAAUGCAAUUCGGAGUACCUCUGGCUAGAUUAGGCACUCCACAUCUUAUCAGAUAUCACAUUCUAAUGCCUCACAGUUCUGUAAGACAAGAGAGACAAACUCCAGCACAUGCAGGAAGUUAUCAUCCAGCACUGAGAGAACGAGGAAGAGCUAUCCCAUCAUCUCACAUUAUGCCUAAAAUUCAAGACAGACCAGAUCAUAUAGCCCUGCCUAUGAAAAUGAGACCACCUAUGGGUGGUGCAGGUCAUGUAGUUGCAGCACCUAAAGGAAAUGGCUUUGUGGGACUACUCAUGCCACUAUACACUAUUGGCAUUGUUAUCUUUUUUCUAUACACACUCACAAAGGUACUUGUGGGAAUCUUCAUGCCUAUUUAUACUAUUGGAAACAUUGUAUCUUUCCUCUAUAAAGUUCUUCAGGUCUUACGAAAAUCAUCCGACAAUGAAAUCAUACGUUCAGAAUACUCGACGGCUAAUGCUGAAAAGGAAUAUCAGAAAAUCGUUUUUAAUCCGAAGGUAUUCGCUGCGGCAGUAUCUGCUGUCAAUGGUACACAAUAUGAGCAAAAUAUCCAUUCUUCAGCCAGAGAAGAAGACGAGCAGGCGCCGACGAUUGAAGAAUUGAAUGAACAAGCGGCUGGUGAUAUAGAAAUAGAUCAACUGAGACGACGAUUGGUAGAAACCGAAGCAGCCAUGGAACGAAUAGUUGUCCAAAUGAGCAAUUUGUCGCGUUCUGUUAUGAAUUGUUCGACCUCAUCACCGGAACCUAAGGAUCCGAACAUUUGCGGCGAGGACCAGCUUGAUAAAAAAUAUGAAAAAGAAAUCUAUGAGGCAACGCCAACAGUCAAAGUGGUAAAUAUGGAAAUGACUGCUACUUGCGAGGGCGGACAGAGAUACAGUAGACCUACUACGCCGACACUGUUGGUGUCUCAUAGCCAUCAAGAAGAAAAGGAGAAAUCACCGCCGAUUUCAAUAUAUCUAGAAGGUUCUCUCCCUCCACAGUGCGAACUGCUUGUCACAGAUUCUAAAACACAAGAAUUGCUAGAGGAGGAAAGCAUGGAAGUACCUGUCGUACUUUCCGGGAAAAUGACCCUUUCCCUCAUCAGCCUUGACCAGGAAUUCCAAGAUGAGCAAGAAACCGAAACAUCACAGUAUAGAACGCCAAAAAGAUCUUUAAAUUGUACGGCUGAAAGUAACGCUGAGGCGAAAGUGAAUUUAAGCAAUACAAAAAUCCAAGUAUUACAACAAGAAUACUUUGAUAAAAAAUAUGAUUGUAGAAGUAAUGUCGAGGAAAAUGAAGUAAGAGAGGAAAAAGAGCUAAGCAUAGAAGAUUAUUUAUUUCAAACAAAGCAAAUCAAGAAAGACCAACAUAUAUUCAAACAGAGUUACAUGCAAAACUUGUCCGAAAGUUUCGAAUCUGACGAGGAAAGCGACAAUACUGUUAAUCAAAAUUAUCAAAUAAAAGAAUUGGAAAAAUGUAAUAAAAAUCAAAAUUGUGACACUGAAGGUGAAGAAAAUGAGAAAGAUGAUAAAAAAAACCAAGAAGAAAAUAAAGAUAGAGAUGGAGAUCAAAUGAAUGAAGAAGAUGAGGAAAAUGGAGAAAGUGAAGGGGAUGAAGAUGAUGAAGAAGAUCAAGAUGACGAAACCAAUGAAUCAAGUUUAUUGUCAUCGGACGGUGAUGACAAUUACGAAGAAGAACAUAGAAACAUAGAACUGAAGAAGCCAUUUAAUAAAAAGAAAACCGACUAAUGUAUUCACGCCGAGUUCAAUUUACACACACACACACACACACACACACACAUCGUCUACAAACAUUAAAAAUAUGUUUGUAUGCAUAUAUAUUAGAGAGUUUAUUAAAUCGUUUUUUACCAAUUGUAUUUCAAUAUACACAUAAGAUUAAUAUUAUGCAUUCUUUACAAACAAGAAAUUUUCGAUAGAUAUGUUCACUUUAAGUGUGCAUAAUAUAUAAUGUUUCCAUGUUAAGAGCAAUUGAAAAUUAUAAGCUAUUGAAAUUUCGUAUAAAUUAUAUUUGUUGAUCACUUGUAGAUAAAAUAUGUAUCAACGAAUGAAGAAUCCUUAAAGAUAUCAAUAUAUAAACAAUUGAAAGAAAAAAUAACAUUUAAUGCUUAAACAACGCAUCUUUCUUAUCCAAUAUUAUAAAUUUUCAAAUUAUUUUUAGUUUCCAUGUACAGCUAUAACGAUGUGUUUGAGAAGCAUGUUUCCAGUCUUUGAUGUCCACUAAGCACAAAUAGAUAUGCUAUAUUGGUUUUUCCGAUUAUUUAAAAAUAAAAAUUAUCGCUAUCAAAAAACGAAAAAAAUCGUUUUAACGAUUUUUGUUAAAAAUGUUGUAAUUAAGUUCAUUUUCUAGCUAUUAUUUUUAUUUCCAACAAAUAUAAAUAAAAACUAGAGCUAAAAGUUUUCAUAAAUAUUCAGUGCCCAGUAAUGAAACUUAUUAACGAUGUUUUAUUGAAUACUGAUUGUAUAAUUUAGUACUAUGGAUGUCUGUGUGAAUGUUAAUGAGGAAGAGAGUUAUAAUUAAUUUAUCAUAAAAGUUAUUGUCAACAUACAUACGUGAAUAAAAUCGUCCAUUAUUCAUUGUGAAUAAUAUACGUAAUAUUUUAUGAAUAAUAUUUUAUGAAAGUAGAGACAUUUAAAAGUUUAUAUAGUCAUUCGAGCACGAUAUAAUAGUAUAACGCGUAAUUUCUAUAUCUUAAACCCAGGAGAACAUUCAUUUGCAUUGUUCAUUUACAUAGUUCGUACUUGCAAUUAAAUAAAUGAAAUAUAAUAAAAAGAGGUCUGUCUUGUUAUUUGAAAUUAUUUCAAAUGUAUUUAUCAAUUCGAUAAUAAAAACUUC